AUGGAUAUCCGCCUCCUCAAGCCCGCCGACCUCCCCCUCAUACAGCACGCCAACCUCGAGAACCUGCCCGAGAACUACUUCCUAAAGUACUACCUCUACCACGCCCUCUCGUGGCCCCAGCUCAGCUAUGUCGCCGUCGACGUCUCCCGCCCCAAGCGCACCCCCUACGACUACCCCAAGAUCGUCGGCUACGUCCUGGCCAAGAUGGAGGAGGAGCCCACCGACGGCGUCGCCCACGGCCACAUCACCAGUCUCAGCGUCAUGCGCACCCACCGCCGCCUAGGUAUCGCCGAGAAGCUGAUGCGCCAAAGCCAACUCGCCAUGGUCGAGACCUUCGGCGCCCAGUACGUCUCCCUCCACGUCCGCGUCUCCAACCAGGCCGCCAUCCACCUCUACCGCGACACCCUCGGCUUCAAGAACGAAAAGACGGAGAGCAAAUACUACGCCGACGGCGAGGACGCCUACUGCAUGAAGCUCGACCUGGGCUACAUCCGCGAGCAGAUCCAGGACGAGCGCGACCGCGAGGAGGAGGAGGCCGCUACGGGUGAAGCCGCAGACGAGGGCGAAGCCGUGGGCGACGUCGGGCGCGAUCCGAACGCGCCCGCCGCUGAUAAGAAGCGCAAGGUCAAGGUCGGUCGCGGGUUGGGUGUCGGGGAGCUCGUUGAGAAGAAUGAGAGUAAGAACUAA